CGGGGGAGAAAAAGAUUCGGAUACGUGUUGUCCCCCGUCGUUUUCGGCCUUUCCUGGUCCUCCUGGGGAAUCCUCGUUGUCACCGCUGGAUUCGCCUCGAAAUUCUGGUCAGAACGCACCCCAAGAGAGGUCCGGGGACAACACGUAUCCGUAUCUUUCCGCCCCCCAACACAUGGCGGGCGUUCUGGACUCCGCGCGCGCCCACGGGGGCUCCCCCGUUCUGGGGCUCGUCCGCAUCGAUGACGCGGGCCGCUGCCACCUGGGGGAGCGCGCGGUCGAGGUCCUCGGCCAGAUCCAGGGCAGCCUCGCCGUCGUGGGCGUCGCGGGGCUGUACCGCACGGGCAAGUCCUUCCUCCUCAACCGCCUGCUCGGCCUGCAGGACGGCUUCGAGGUGGGCCCCACGGUCAACGCGUGCACCAAGGGGCUCUGGAUGUGGGACAGGCCAGUGCAGCUGGCUCCGGGCUACCACUGCAUUUUCAUAGACACAGAGGGCCUCGGGUCCGCCCAGCGUACUGCCAGCUGCGACAUGCAGAUCUUUUCGCUCUGUGUGCUCUUGUCGUCCUACUUCAUCUACAACUCAAUGGGUGCCAUCGACGAGCAGUCGAUUUCAGAUCUGAAUCUCGUGCUGCACCUGGCGAAGCACAUCCACGUGAAGAGCAGUCCAGACGGACGGCCGACCAGCGCAAAGGAUCUGUCUGGCCACUUCCCCUCGCUGCUUUGGGUGCUGCGCGACUUCUUCCUCCGACUCGUGGACGACCGGGGCAACCCGAUCACGGAGAAGGAGUACCUCGAGGGCGCGCUGACGGCGCUGCCUGGGCAGGAGGACAAGAACAGGGUCCGGGAUGAGCUCAAGGCGCUGUUCUCGGAGCGGGACUGCGCGACCCUCGUGCGCCCGGUGUCCGAGGAGAGCGAGCUGCGCACCGUGCAGCGGCUGCCGUUCGAGGCGCUGCGGCACCGCUUCCGCAUCCAGGUGGACUCGCUGGUCGCCAAGGUGUAUCCCCUCCGUGAAGCCCAAGGCCGUGAACGGCGCGCCGGUGACGGGAGGCAUGCUGGCGGCGCUGGCCGCGGAGUAUUGCAAGGCCAUCAACGCCAGCGCCAUACCGACCAUACUCGAGGACCAUACACUCGGCGUGGGCCUCCGUGCUGCAGUCCCAGCUGCGGCAGGGCCUGAAGGACGGGGGACGGGCUCGCGGCCUACGAAGGGCGGAUGGCCCCGGCGCGGGCCGGCCCGCCCCUCGCCGAGGGAAGCCUGCACGACCUCCACAGGGCCGCCAAGGCCGCGGCGAUGGAGGCCUUCGGCGCCGCCGGGGUCGGCGAGGACGGCCCAGAGGUGAGAGCCGCUCGGAGCUUGUGAGGCGGGUGAAGCUCCUCUACGAGAAGGCCCGGGGCGACAACGCCGCCGCCUCCAAGCGCCACUGCGAGCGCGUUGCCGCGGAGCUGUGCGAGCCGGUCUUGGAGCGAUCGCGCACGCCCGGAUCCUACAGAUCUACGCGGGGUCCCCGAGCUGAUGCUGGAGUGGGAGCGGAUCCGCCAGGCCUACGAUGCCGAGGCCUUGGGCCCUGCUAAGGGCGAGGUGCUGUCCUCCUGGCUGCUGCGCCAGAUGGCGGACAGCGUGCAGAGGCUGCCGAUGGAGCUGAGGAGUAUGGAUGAGGAAGGUGGGCGA